AUGGUUUCAUUUCACGGAUUGCAAGUUUUAGCUAGUUUAAUUUUCGAGUCACUCUGGCUCAUCAUCACUUUCCCAGUUUCAGGUGGUAUCAAUGAAAGAUACAGAAACAACUUGACCCAAUCAUUGAAGGUUUUGUUCUGCAGAAAAUCAUUGGCCUUCCCAAUUCUUGAUGCUAAAAUCGUUUCUGCUUACUCCAACUCAUUCUUGUUUUCUGUUACUGCAUGGCAAUUCCCAAGAGUCACUCAAGGUUUGAACAACUACAACGUUAGAUACGACAAAAACUCCAUCUGGAUUGUUGAAGCUAAGAACAGAUCAAAGGAUGACCCAAUCAUCAUCUACUUGCACGGUGGUGGAUACUACUGUCAAACUGCUCCAACUCAAGCCCAAAGUUUGCUUGCCAUCUACAGCUUGGUUGAACCAUCAAAGAGAGAAAAAUUAUCUGUCUUGUUCUUGGACUACUCAUUGGCUUCAUACGGUAACGAAUUGUUGACUCAAUUGCACGAAUUGACUGCUACUUACACUAGAUUGGCUAAGGAAGGUAACACUGAUUUCAGAUUCAUCGGAGACUCUGCUGGUGGUCACUUGUCUACCACUUUCACCCAAUACUUGUACAAAGAACAAAACCCUGAAUUGCCAUACCCAAGAUCAUUGAUUUUGGUUUCCCCAUGGGUUAAAUUAGGUGCUGAUAAGAUCCAACACACUGAAGGUCACUCAUACUACGAUAACGAAGCUAGAGAUGUUGUUCAAUACUCAUUCUUCUCCGAACCAGACAGAGGUGCACUUUUGGUUGGUGACAACAAUGUUCAAACUUUGGUUGUUUCCCCAGGUAACACUCCAGACAAGAAGAACUCUGACUGGGCUAGAAUCCCAACUUACUCCAAGCCAGGUUACUCCGUCUUUGUUGUUUUGGGUGAACACGAAUCUUUCUUGGAUGAUAUCUUGGAAUUCUCCGAAUACGCUUUGAGAUCACCAUUGAAGAGACCAUCUGAAUCCGGUGGUGUUUACGACCCAAAGAAACACUCAUGGACCAACGGUGGUGGUUCCAACGAAGCCUACUUUGAAGUCUUUAUUGAACCACAAGGUGUUCACGAUGCUGGUUUGUUCUUGGAAAACGCUGUUCUUUCUGAAAUCGAAGACAAUCCAAACUUGAAGGUUUCCCAAAUCAACGACAAAGAAUACUUCGGUAUUAAGAGAAUCGUUGAAUUCUUGGACAAGACCUUGUAA